GAUUGCUUGGAGUAACAUUAUGAACACUUUGUGUGGAAAACCACACGGCCAUGAGCCUGGACUUGCUAGCUGCCGGCCUCACCUCCUUACAUGAGAUUGCCGGAGAUGGCAAUGAACAUGCAGAGACCUGCAGGCUGAAUCUGCACAUGAAUCGCAUCAAAGAUCUUGAUGGCCUGUGCCAGUUCCGAAACCUCGAGGAGCUGAUUCUGUCUGGCAAUUGCAUCAAGCAAGUCAGGCCGUCGGACUUCAAGGGGGUGCGACGGUGCUUGCGAGUGCUGGAUUUGUCCUGCAACGAGCUCAAAGGCCUCGAGGGGUUGCAAGGUCUCUGUGCCUUGCAGGAGCUGCGAUUGGCUUACAAUCACAUUGAGUGUCUUGAAGGUCAAAUGAAUUUUUGGGGCCAACGAAGUGCGCUGAAAUCUUUGGAUUUGAGGUGUAACCGAAUCGCUAAGCUGGCGCAGCUGCUGUUCCUGGGUGGGUCUACCAAAUUGGAGGAGGUCGCGUUCCAGGAAAGGAGCAUGGGCGAUGGCGGGAAUCCCAUUUGUGAGGAAGUGAUGUAUCGUGGAACUCAUCAAUGUGCCAUGUAAGCUCUGUGCAGAGCGUUUGGUCUUGCGAAAGCUUGCGAAAGCCUAAAGCGCCUCCUGCAAGCACCGAACUCAGCUGCAACAGUCACCACCCUGAAAACAAAUCGCGUGAGCAAAGAUAACGAACGUUUCCACAAAGGGUUUGUUGU